GAUCAUUCUUCAUUGCUCACGUAUCUGUUCUCAGCGUAUUUAUUGUGACGACAAUAUUUCAAAGUUUUUACAAGUUAUUACGAAUCGUGUACCAGUUUUUCAACAUGGACGUUUCUGAUUCAGAUAUCACAAACGAGGAAAUAAUUUAUAUAGAUAACAAAAUAAAGUCUUUGGAACCGACACAGGUCGCGCAAUUAAAGAAAAGCUUUGUAGUAAAACAUGUAAUGAUGCUCACAAUGAUUGAUGCGAAAGUGUGUAAUGCCGCAACCAACACAAAAUCCACGAUGAAAUGCUACAUUUGCGGUGCUACAUCCAAAGACUUCAACGAUUUAUCAAACAAACGUCCUUGUAAUGAAGAUUCCUUAAAAUUUGGCUUAUCAAUUUUGCAUGCCAGAUUAAGACUGUUUGAAGGAGUGCUUCUUAUUGCGUACAAAUUGCCAGUGAAGAAACAUCAAUUAAGAAGUGAAAGAAAGAAACAAAUAGUUCAACAAAGGAAAUUGGAGAUACAAAAGGAAUUUAGAUCCCAACUGGGUCUUAUAGUUGAUGUUCCAAAAGCCGGUUAA